AUGCUCCUGCAGGAGCGGGUCUUGCCGCAGCUGGAGGCGCAGCAGCGCCAGCUGGCGGACCUCGCCGCCAGCAGCCAAUGGGCCGCCGGAGUGCUCGUGGAGCUCGCUGCGUCGCGGGGCCCCUCGUCGCAGGCCGGCGGCGCCGCGGCCGAGGGCGCCGGCGCCGGCGAGGGCAAGGCGGCGUGGGCGGAGACUCUCGUGGCCAUCCAGGAGACCACGCGGAGCGUGUGCACGGAGGUCCGGUGCCUGCGGGGGGACGCGGGCACCCCCGCCACGCUGAGCAGCGUCCAGGCCCACUGCUGCCACAUCCUGGACAGCGCGGGCCGCGUGGAGGCCGCCACUGGCAGGCUCGAGGCCAGCGGCGGCGUCCUGCGGGAGCAGCUGGAGGACGCCCUGUCGAGGCUCCGGCGGAUCGACGGCCGCCUGGGCCAGCUGACCAGCCCAGACGCGUCCGCGGCGGCCGUCGCCGCGGGGGCGGCCGCCAGCGUCGCGGGGGCCAACCUCUCCGAGCGCGUGGGCGACGUCGUCCUGCGGCUGCGCCGGCUCGACGCAGAGCAGCGGCAGGUCCGGCAGGCGGUGGAGGAGCUGGGGAGGCACUUCGUCUUCAUGUUCGGCCCCAGGCCCCAGGACUCCCUGCACAGAGAAGGCCCAGCGCUGACGCCCCUCAAGCCGACAAGACGGAGCAGACCGGCCAGCGCUGCCGCGGCUGGGCCGCGCGCGCUCGGCAGAUGA